AAAAUAAAGAUUAAAAAUAAGCAAAAUUUGCCCUAACAGUGGAACCCCACUAGCCCCUUUUUUCAAAACCCUAACCAGGAGAGUUGAAUCAAUCAAAUGGAGAAGAAGAAGAAGAAGGCAUUAAAUACAUGUAUUUAAUGUUUCUUCUGACAUUCCUAUAAGAAGAGAAAGAAAGUGAACAAAAAUCCCCCAUUGUAAUAAGUUUUUCUUUCUCUCUUUCUCCUUUGCUUCUGCUCUGUUUCUGUUCAUUAAAACCACAUCUCUUUACUCUUUUAUGAUUUUGAACUUCAGUUUCCAAUGUUUAAGAUAUAGAAAUCAAUACCCACCAUUUACUGUUUAUUCUUCUUUCUAUUAUCCCUCUUCUCCGUUCAUUUAUAAGUCCAAGGACUAGUGUUGGGGUUUCUGUCAAAAGGGUUUUUGAGUUAAGAAGAAGAAGAAGAAUGGGAAGACAACCUUGUUGUGAUAAGCAUGGAGUGAAGAAAGGACCAUGGAAUCCUGAAGAAGAUGAAAUCUUAGUUAAUUACAUCAACAAAAAUGGUCAUGGCAGUUGGCGUACACUCCCUCAACUUGCAGGACUAAAUCGAUGUGGGAAGAGUUGUAGACUUAGAUGGUCUAACUAUCUUCGACCGGACAUUAAACGAGGUCCGUUUACUCCAGAAGAAGAAAAACUUAUAAUCCAACUUCAUGGUAUUCUUGGAAACAGGUGGGCGGCCAUAGCGGCGCAGUUGGAAGGAAGAACUGAUAAUGAGAUCAAGAAUUAUUUCAACACACAUGUGAAGAAGCGUCUUCCAAUUAUGGCCAUCGACCCGCUAACCCAAGCUCCCUCAUCCUCUGCCCCUUUUCCGAUUACUACCACAUAUUCAUGUCCUUCAAUGGGUCACAUGACUCAGUGGGAGAGUGCAAGACUAGAAGCAGAGGCAAGGCUUUCAAAGGGGUCGGUCCUGCGUGAUAACUCCCAAUCUACUCUUUCAACGCAGGUGAAACCGGAGCCUGAUCAGUACCUCCGGCUUUGGAAUUCUGAAGUUGGUGAAGCUUUUCGGAAACUGACCGCGACGUUUCAAAGUCCAAACUCUUCUCAAAGUCCAAACUCGCAGACGUCUUCAUCUUCAAAACAAGCUUUAACUCCAGCAAAGAUCAAAACAGAAGAGAAAACAAUUAAUGAGCAGCAAGAAGAGAUGGAAUGUAGGGAUUCUAAAUCAGAUGUUGAGGACAUAGUGGUUGGAUCAGAGUCUUCAAGCUCCAUUAACGUUUCUUCUGACAUGUCGUUACAACUACUGCUAGAUUUUCCUGGUUGUGAAGAGGAAAUGACCUUCUUUCAGGGACAGUUGGCUACUUACUCGGUAUACCAUGAGAUACUGACUGAAAAUACACUGAACUGUUCUUUUUAAAUUUCCCACAAGUUCUAUUUUUUGGUAGGCGACAAUGCGGGUCUUAACUUUGCGCGAGACGACACUGGGUGAUAUCCUUCUUUUUUGGUUUGGGUUUCAUAUAUUUCAUUCUGUCUUUUGUCUUCCCAACUGCUCUAACUAUCUAUUAAGGCCAAGUUGAUAGAUGUUUACUUAGAGUUUUCAUACAUAUGGAAAAUGGUAUUAUGCGUAUCAUUUUGUAAGGCUUAUCUUUUUGUUGCUGUUAAAUAUGCUAAUAUACUGAUCAUUUUUGUCAUUCGGUUUAUACUUAGUACUUAUAUACAAGAUCAU